GUUUGUUCAUUUCAAUGUAUAGAAUGAGGAAUAUGCUGGGGACCAUGGGAACAAUGGUGGUGCUGUUCUUAUUUGUGUAUUGUCCAGUGAGGGCAACAGUUACUUAUGAUGGCAAAGGUUUCAUCAUCAAUGGGGUGAGGAGGAUUCUCAUCUCUGGCUCUAUUCACUAUCCAAGAAGCUCCCCGGAGAUGUGGCCUGAUCUUUUACAGAAGGCUAAAGAUGGAGGGUUGGAUGUUAUACAGACUUACGUUUUUUGGAAUGGACAUGAACCCUCUCCUGGAAAGUAUAAUUUUGAGGGGAGAUAUGAUUUGGUAAAGUUCAUUAAACUGGUGCAACAAGCAGGCCUCUUUGUUCAUCUCCGGAUUGGCCCCUACAUUUGUGCAGAAUGGAACUUUGGGGGAUUCCCUGUCUGGCUAAAAUACAUUCCAGGAAUGGAAUUUAGAACAGAUAAUCAACCUUUUAAGGUGGCUAUGCAAGGCUUUGUUGAAUUAAUCGUGGAUCUGCUGAAGUCAGAAAAUCUGUUUGAGCCUCAGGGUGGACCAAUUAUCAUGAGUCAGAUUGAAAAUGAGUUUGGUCCUGUGGAGUGGGAAAUUGGUGAUCCUGGUAAAGCAUAUACGAAAUGGGUGGCGCAAAUGGCUAUAGGACUAAACACCGGUGUUCCCUGGAUCAUGUGUAAACAAGACGAUGCUCCUGAUCCUAUUAUAGAUACUUGCAAUGGAUUCUACUGCGAGAAUUUCCAUCCAAACAAACCUUAUAAGCCCAAAAUGUUUACAGAAGUCUGGACUGGGUGGUAUACACAGUUCGGUGGACCAGUUCCUCGGAGGCCUGCAGAAGACUUGGCAUUUGCAGUUACUCGGUUCGUUCAGAAUAAUGGCUCGUUUUUCAACUAUUACAUGUACCAUGGCGGGACAAAUUUUGGAAGGACAGGUGCCGGUCUUUUUGUUGCUACUAGCUAUGACUAUGAUGCUCCACUAGAUGAAUAUGGUCUAGUGAACGAACCAAAAUACGGGCAUUUAAGAGACCUGCAUCGAGCAAUAAAGCUAGCUGAACCAGCUUUAGUUUCAUCGUAUCCUAUCGUUACCUGGUUUGGCAAAAACCAAGAGGUUCAUGUCUUUAGAUCAGAAACCGGGGCUUGUGUUGCGUUUCUUUCCAAUUAUGACCCCCAAUUUUCUGCAAAAGUAACGUUUUCGAAUCUGCAAUAUGAUCUGCCCCCUUGGUCAAUUAGUAUUUUACCUGACUGCAAGAAUGUUGUUUACAACACAGCAACUGUUAGGUCUCCGAGCUUACAGACGAAGAUGAUACCAGUCGGGAAUGGAUUCUCGUGGCAAUCAUACACCGAAGAGAUUGCAUCUUCUGAUGACGGGGACACAGUUGCAGCUGAUGGAAUGUGGGAGCAAAUAAACGUCACUCGAGAUUCAUCAGACUAUCUGUGGUACAUGACAGAGGUGAACAUUGCACCAGAUGAAGAGUUCCUGAGGAACGGGAAGGACCCUGUCGUUACUGUCAUGUCUGCUGGCCACGCUAUGCACGUUUUCAUCAACAGUGAAUUAUCAGGAACUGUUUAUGGUGGACUGGCAUUUCCAAAGUUAACAUACACUAACAGUGUAAAACUCAGAGCUGGAAUUAACAAGAUUUCUCUGCUUAGUGUUGCUGUUGGUCUCCCGAAUGUUGGCCUGCAUUUCGAGAAGUGGAACGCUGGAGUUCUCGGGCCAGUCUCAUUGAGCGGGCUCAACGAGGGCACGAGAGACUUGACAAACCAGACAUGGUUUUAUAAGCUUGGUAUGAAAGGCGAAUCGUUAAGUCUUAACACUGUAACUGGAAGCUCCUCGGUAGAAUGGGAAGACGGUCCACUUCUGGCUUCCAACCAACCCUUAACCUGGUACAAGGCCACGUUUGAUGCACCCGAAGGAAACGAUCCCCUAGCGCUAGACAUGAGCAGUAUGGGGAAAGGCGAAAUAUGGGUAAAUGGCGAAGGAGUGGGGCGCCACUGGCCUGGAUACACAGCACAGGGCAGCUGCAGUUCUGAGUGUAACUAUGCUGGUACUUACAACCAGAAGAAAUGCCAGCUCAACUGUGGGCAACCUUCUCAGAGAUGGUAUCAUGUCCCGCGAUCAUGGCUGAAACCAAGUGGGAAUUUCUUGGUUGUGUUUGAAGAAUGGGGUGGUGAUCCAGACAGGAUUUCUAUGGUUAGAAGAACUAACAACUAAUUCAUUUGCCUCUCUGCAAUCUUGAAUCUCAGAAUGAGAUCACACAAAGGCUGCUGAAUCAUAUGAAUAUGUUGUGGCUCUAA